AUGAAGUCUCUGGUGAUCGUGAUUGUCCUGGUGUGUGGCAGUAGAUUCACGGGUGGAAACGUUGUGGCGAGAUAUGACCGCACAAUUCCUGACUGGCCGCCAACGACCGACGGUCCUGGAAGUCCCACAACGACGCCAGGACCCGGUAUACCCGACUGGCCACCGACUAGCGAUGCUCCUGGAGGUUCACCAGGACCCGGUAUACCAGACUGGCCGCCAACAAGUGAUGCUCCUGGAACGUCGCCGCCAGGAACACCAGAUUGGCCGCCAACCACUGACGGUCCGGGCACACCAACCACCACGACGACUCCAGGACUGAUUCCCGACUGGCCGCCUACCACAGAGGGACCAGGAACUCCCACACCACCCCCAGGAAACCCGCCACCAACUACAAUGCCCGGCCCAACUGCUUCCACGCCGUCGCCGCCAACGGAAACAACCAUCUCCACGGAUCCAACCUCGCCCACGUGGCCAGAUGCUCUUCCCGAAACCACCACGCAGAUAUCGAUGACUCCUCCACCCCCAUUCGACUCGUCAUCGUGA